AAGUUUUAUAUAAAAUCGAUGCAAAGAACUGAACUUAGUUCACUCCGGAUAGUUAUUAUUUCUAAUGUUAUUGUUGCUACAUCAUGUCCAAAUUUUCUUUGGUUUUUGUUUUGCUUAUUUUAUUUAAUGUAUCUGGCCAACAAUCGCAAUUCAAUUGCAGUCAAAAACUUUUAUUUACGCCAUUAGAUGUAAAAUUGUGUUGUAAGAUGCCUUCACUUCGUUUAAACAAAUACAGAGACCAGUGUUAUAGUAAAACUUUCAUUGGUGGAAUUGGUAGACAAAUCGAUGAAAGUAAUUAUUUCAUUAAUCCUUGUGCUGUUGAAUGUGUUUUCCAACAAGCAGGAGCUCUCAAAAACAAUCACCUUAACAUGACGAAUAUGGAUGCACUCAUAAGAAAUAAUAUUCCAAAUAAUCCCGAACUACUUCAAGUUCUUCAUGUGGGUUUUGAGAAAUGUGGCGUAGAAAUUCUUGAUAAAUUACAAGAAAUCGAAGUAAAUCGACAAACUAUAAGUAGAAGUAAAAAUAAAGGAUAUCAAGGACUUAAAAUACCAUGUUCUCCAUUUGCUGUACUUUUGUCGUAUUGUGCUUUGAGACAUGCAUUUAUUAAUUGCCCAGAAAAUUCUUGGGUAAAUUCGGAAGUGUGUAAUAAUGCUCGAAAUUAUGUGAAAAAUUGUGAACCAGCUAAGUUUGGUGGACCAAGACAGCGUAAAAGGCAGCAUGGGAAAAUGGAAAGCACUACCGCAAAAUUGAAAAACACAAAGUCGUAAUGGUCAUAUGGUCAUAACUUAUGAUCAUAGCUUAUUUAAAAAUAAAAAUUGAAAAUAAUUAUUGGUAUACGGUAUAGUUACAUUAAAAAACACAAUCUUAAUUAUUUUCAACUAAUAUCUUAAAGGUUCAAUAACAUAAUAAUGUAAAUAACUUAAUCUAAAGCUUUACUGAACAUAUCUUAAUUGCAUAAAUGGUGUGGACAAUGACAAUUAACAUUAUUUCCAAUUUUCUUUAACAUCCGCUGUCCAUAUAUUAAAAUUCGUCUUAAGUAUAUACAAAAUAAAAAUACCAAAACGUGAUUGCAAUUUAAAAUAAUAUUCCCUUAAAUGAAACGAAUAAUAUCAAGACCCUGGCAGUGAAACAACUAAUUUGAAGACCAAUUAUUUUUUGUUCAAUUGUAUUUUAAUAAUAUUCAUGCAAUGUGUGGAGAAAUAAUCUCAGAAAGUAUUUAAUUGUUAUGUAAGUUUAAAAUUUGCAUUUAAUGAGUUUUAUUUUUAUUAACAUGAACAAAACAACAGAGCAAUUAAAGUUAGAGAUUUAUUAAAGGUAUGAUAAGCAUAGACUCUCAUAACGUUUUUAGAAAUAAAAUAUAUUGGAGCUAAGUUUUUUAAAAGAAACUCUUUUUCGUGAACCAAUACUGAUCCUAUGUUUUUAAGAUACGAAGUUUGAAAGUAUAGGGUAGUACAUUUUAAGAACAUUUAAAUUUUAUUAAAAACUUUGGACUUUGCCAGUACGUGUGUCAAAAACAAUAUCUU